AUAGGAUGAAGUUGAGGGUGCAACGGAGCCUGAGGGCGAAGGUGAAGCUGAAGUUGACAUAGGACAUGAUGAGGCAGAAAUGGAGAGUGAUGGUGACCUACCUGAUUUAGAACCUCAUUCUGGAGAGAGUGAAGGUGAAAGAGUACAAAGUUCCCAAGAAGUAGAUAUCCGCGAUCAAAGAGAAGGGAGUGAGGCGAAAGAUACAGAUAGUGAUGAAAAAGAAGAUUAUGGGAAGAGGGUAGUGACUAGCCGGAGAAGGGAAGUGAUUGAGAGUGGCUCAGAAAGGUCUGAGGAAAACCAUUAUACUGAUAAUGAAGAUGCAGAGGUUGAUCAUGCUAGAAGUAUGAGCAAAUCACCGGGGGAGGAGAAGGAUCCGACUCACCUUUCACAUUCAGCUGCAGAAAUUCGUGAUGUAUUUGGUGCUUCUGAUGAUGAUGAAGAAGAAGAUGAAGCUAGAAUAUGCAGUUCGACAUGAAAUGGAGCAAGAGGAAGUUAGAUCUCCUAUGGAGGAGGAAGGGAGCUAUGGGAAGAGUCCAAGACUUGAAGAUAUGGUGCAUGAUGAAGAUGCUCGUUAUGAAUCAGAUGACGAGCAUGUUGAGGUGAAACAAAAAGAGAAGCCAGUUGGUCCCCCGUUGGAGCUAGAAGUUCCAUUUCGCCCAGGUCAUGCUCAUCCAACC